AUGGCGUCCAUCCAUGCGACGACUGGCGUGGCAAACUAUGGUGCAUACGCGGCGAGUAAACACGGGGUCCUGGGCCUCACCCGGGUUGCUGCUAAGGAGAAUGGCCACCGGGAGGUUCGCGUCAAUGCUGUUGCUCCAGGACCAAUCUAUACUGGGAUGAUGCAAGCCCAUUGGGACCGCGUAGGACGCCCCUCUGAUGCGCCGUUUGACGAUCCUAUUGCAUUCCGCCGUCAAGGUACGCCUGAGGAGGUGGCAAAAGUGGUCGUUUUCUUACUUGGUCCGGAGAGCUCCUUUUCUGGAGGACAAUCUCUCUCGUCAAUAACCUUGCCAUAUGUCGAAAUCUUGAGUACUCCUGUAGAUUGCGACCCAAAUGUUGCUCUCGAUAUCUACGCGAGAGCCAUCUGGAUCUUAAUGAACAUUUUGGCACCAUAA